AUGGAGGAACUCAACUUCCCUGGCAACUGCCUCAAGGGCUCGCGUCCGAUCCUUUCCUUCGAUGCUGCCUUCGAGGACGAGAAGAACCCCCAUCUCCAAGUCAUUAAGCAAGCAUUUAUUGCAAACCUGAGAGUACCCCAAGGUGCGCGGAAAUCAAAGCCAUUUAUCGACAGGGUGAUUGGAUUCUCCUACCUCGAUGGAAAGAUUUGGAUCCGUCAGUAUCAAGUGCAGGAGGUGGAAGCCGAUGAGAACUCCGACGAGCCAACUACCAAAGUCCAUGCCGGCAAGAGAACCGAUGUCAAGUUGAUGGAGAUUGGUCCGAGAUUCACGGCCACCCCAAUUCUUAUCCAGGAGGGCUCGUUCGGAGGACCUCUUCUCUGGAACAGUAAGGAGUUCGUCAGCCCGAACCAGAUUCGCGCCGAUAUCAAACGCAAGAAGGCUACUCGUCAUGUCUCGCGUGUGGAACAGCAGGUUGAGCGGCUAUCAAAGAAGGGCGAGCUGGGCAUCAGGUCAAAGGGGGGACGGCCCGCGGCGAAGGAUGAACUAGAUACCAAGACUUUGUUUGCUUAA